AUGCUCUUGACCCGUCGAGGAAUUUGGAUGCAGCAGAAUUCAGACUGGCCAUGGAAUAAAGUUGUUUUUAAAGGUAUCAGCAGUCAUUCGCCACCCAUAGUUGCAGGAGCUGUUUUUGGAACACCUCCUCGGGUUAGAAAGUUUAUUAGCUCAAACUCAGUAUUUCAAAAGAGACAGCCAAUCCGGCAGGGAAAUCGGCCCUCGAAUCAUGGUAAUGCGCAUCACAUAAAGCUGGUACACAAAGGAGAACGAAAUGUUUCUACAUGGCGCGAAUUUUCGAGUCGAAGGAAAGUAAGAGGAAAUAUAAAUAAUAUUAAAAAUUUAGCAAACUAUCAUAGUUCUACAAAGUCAGUAACAACUCUAGAUGAAAUGGAAUAUUUAGAGGAUUCAACGCAAAACGAGCUUCCACUCUCUAAUUCCUCAUUUAAGAUUACAGAGGAAUUGUUUCGUGCGGCCAAGAAUGCUGAACCAGAAACUCCAGCUUCCUUUUGGUCAUAUCGACUGUAUCGUGGUCCGCCUAUCGCAGGAGUUCCGUCUCGACCGGUAGUACACUAUUGUCAGAGCUCCGAAACAGCAGAACGUGUUCUGCAUUCUUAUUUUCUAGACCAAAAAGUUGUUGGUUUUGAUAUCGAAUGGAAGGUGGAUGCCAUGAAAUUUCAUGGUCCAAGAGCGAAUGUAUCUCUGAUUCAGAUUGCCAGCGAAGAGCGAAUCGCUCUAUUGCAUCUCGCUCUUUAUCCCAAGAAUGAUAUUUUGGUAUCACCUUCCCUACGAAAGCUACUAGUAAAUCCAAAUAUCAGUAAAGUUGGGGUCGCUAUCAAGAGUGAUUGCACUCGGAUCAAGAACCAUUUAAAUGUUGACGCGCAAGGGAUUUUCGAAUUAAGUCAUCUAUUCAGACUCGUCAAAUUCUUUCAGACUGAAAAUCAGAAUCUUAUCAAUAGAAAGCUCGUAUCCUUAGCCAAGCAGGUGCAAGAGCAUCUUCAUUUGCCACUUUCAAAAAAUGUAGAUGUUCGCUCCUCAGAUUGGAGCUCUAAGCUAGAUACACCACAAAUUGUAUAUGCAGCAGCUGAUUCUUACGCAGCCCUUCAGCUCUACAAUACGAUGGAGAUCAAGCGGAAAGCAUUAAAACCUACCCCGCCACGACCGUACCAUGCUGAACUCAACUUUCCAAUCAGGCUCACCGAAAAUACCAAGGAAAAUUUAAAACCAGAUGUAGAAUUAGAUCAUAUUCCAAGAUUGGAGGUGUACGUAAAAGAACCAAUAUCAGCGCAUGAGGAAGGCUUAGAUAAGUUUCACCGGACAAGUAACCCUGGUAACAUGGGAAAGAGGGUGAUAAAGAGCAAGAGGUCCGACGAGAGCCCUCUCUCCGAAGUGGAGUCACAUGAGCUUGGAGUUAAAGACGUCAAACUUAACAACAAACUGAAGACAAUUCGUUUCAUACAACAGGCCAACGGCAGCUUUGCACACCCGCCAGCAGCUUGGAACUAA